ACAGACCUAAGGCGUGUUUUGAGUGGCGCGCGCUCCGGACUGCAGAGGAUUGAACACGAAGCGCACGCGGUACCAGUUUGAAUUGGGAGCUCGUUGUGUAUCACGCUGUUCGAGUCGAGCACAAACGCUUCAGGACUUAUUUCAGAAAGUUGUUUUUUUUGUUCAAGGGGAACAGCACUGAUUGUUUUUCAAGAAUGCAUGCGACUGUCUUUUCUGCGUGGGUCCUCUUCAUAUCCCUACUGGACCAAGUGAGUGCAAACGUAGCCGUGGUGGGCAAAUAUGGUGAAACUGUUGAGCUGCCUUGCAACAAAGGAGACAUCAAAGUAGAGGACAUCCUGAUAGCUAAAUGGAAAUAUGACAAUGCGGGCGGCACCGACGUUCAUCUUCUGACAAAAUCAAAUACACAGAAUGCCUCGUUUGCCCCAGUUGCAGAGUACCAGGGCAGACUUGUCCUCACAAAGGACCUCAACCUAAAAAUUUCCCAGGCCAAAAUGGCUGAUCAGAGGACAUUUACCUGUAUGGUGGUGACAGGAGUGGAUAUAUAUGAGCAUCCAGUUGAUGUGACAAUCGAGAAGGCUCCGUCUCCACCCACAAUCACAAAUCAAGCCAAAGUGUUAGCGCUUGGCAAUCUAACAACGCUGGCAGAAUGUACUACUAAAGAUGCUAGUCCAGCAGCUCACAUUGUCUGGCUGAAGGACAAUGUUAUACUGGUAGAAACUGACAAAGUGAUCGCCAUCACAGAGGAUGCACCGAAAGACAAAGUCACUGGCCUCUGGACUACAUCCUCCAAGCUGCAAUAUUCAGCUACGAAGGCAGAUAUGAAUUCCAAGUUCACUUGUGCCGUCAAGCAUAAGAGCCUCGCUUCGGACCUCGUGUCUGCUCCUAUGACCUUCGUCAUUCACUACCCUAGUGAAAAGGUCACCCUCCAGGUUGUGGCUGCACUCCCGAUAAAGGAGGGAGCCAGCGUGACCCUGAAAUGUGCAGCUGAUGGGAACCCCCCACCGACCAAGUACAACUUUUAUAUCAAGGGAAAGAAGGUGACCACUGACAACUCGGACAAUUACACCUUCCCCAACGUCACCCGGGCCGACAGCGGAGAAUAUAAGUGCUCCCUGGUGGACGACGAAGCAAAGGCAGGCUCUGCCAGUUUUACCGUAGUGUACUUGGACAUCACCAACGUCACCAAAGGAAAGAUUGUUAAACUUUUGUCUGAGAGCUUUGAGGCAACAUUAGAUGUAGACCCCUAUAAAGGUACACAAGUGUCAUGGACAAAGGACAACGUAAAACUGAGCGGUAAGCCCAAGUUUGACAAGCUGAAGUUCUCAGACUCUGGAGUGUACGAGUGUGUGGUUUCCUUGGAAGGAAUUGUCAAAAAAGCAUCAUUUGAGUUGGAGAUCCGAGGUGCUCCAGUUAUCACUAAGCUGACUAAGUCACAAAGUAAUGGAGCCAAGCUUCUGAGCUGCAAAGCUGAAGGUUCACCUAAACCCACCGUGCAGUGGAGCAUCAACGGCACUAACGUCUCAGAGAGUUCCUAUGUGAACGGAGCAAUCACAUACAAUCUCACAUUGAUUCCAACAGGCAAUUUCACAAUCAACUGCACAGUUUCUAAUGAGCUAGGCACCGUCACGAAGAGCAUAGAAAUUUCCACCUUGCCGGAAGAUUCAACAGUGGACAAAAGGGCAGAGCAGACAGAAGACUCUAAAGAAAAGACACAUGUAGUAUUAGGGGUCGUCAUAGGCCUGAUCGUGGCUGCUGUCAUUCUGGGUCUGGCCUACUGGGUCUACAUGAAGAGAACCAGGGAAGGCACCUGGAAAACAGGAGAAAAAGAGAAUGGCACAGUGGAGGAAAGCAAGAAACUGGAGGAAACUCUAAAAGCUGAUGUUUAAAACCAAAGGAUACAUUCAGAGUAAGAAGGAAAGGAGGCAAUACUGUAGUAGUCUGUAUUGCAAACUACGGAAACGUUUGGGAAGCUAAAAGGAGACCAUCUCAUUUGGUUAAUAAACCAAUAUCUGAUCCAGUGUGUAAUGUAUAUUGCCAUCCUCCAUACAAGUGGGAGAUUUAAUAAAUGAUGUGUGUUGUAUAAUUGUGAAUCUCCUGCACUGAGGAUCAACUGUGGAACAAACUUGUUCAAAGUCUAAAUGUUAAUUACUUUGCUGUUUAAUUAUUUUGUGCAUUUGACAUACAUAAUAGUUGGCUUUUUUGUUGUUUAUUGAACACAUUUAUUUAGUUAAUGUCAAUUUACCUCAACACUAGUCUGUAAACUGUGACUCCAUUUGUGGUUUUGGAUAAGAAGCUUGUCCUGCCAUUUGGUUUUUUGGAGAGAUUUUGCUUCCUUUUUUUUUUUUUUUUUUUUUUUUCACAUCUGUGAUCCACAUAUACAUGUGACUACAGUAUGUUUUCUUUUUUGGUUCAUUCAGCACUUGGAUUUUCAUCAAGAUAAACUAGUUUGGAAGUUAAAAUAAGCUCGCAAGUCCAUUCCCAGUGUCCAGAUUUCCUUGGCAUGAGACUCGAAAGCUCCAUUAAGAUGUUACAAUAUGCUCAAUGCUACAUUUAAAAUAGAAAUUUUUAUAGAUUGGCAAAAUUAUGUUGAGUUAAACCAUUAAAACCCUAAAAAGGACAAAUGUAAAUGCUAAAUGCUCCAUCUUUGGUCUGUUUUAAAAUUUCACUGAAAACACUAUAUUGACCAUAUCUACAUUACUGAUGUGUUUCCUGUAAUACAUUUGUUUAAUUUAUACCCAAUAGUGUUUUAUUUGAAUUCAGUCCCUUUUUGGAUAAAAACUCUGAUUUAGAUUAACAUAUUUUAUUCGUUUUAUUUGUUUGAUAGGAUUUCACUUACCAUUGGAUAACAGCGUGUUAUAUAAAUAUAUGUCAUGUCAAAUAUGUCAUAUAAAUUUACUACCCUGAUUUCACAACUCUGCUAAUGUAUGAAUAGGGAAAAAAAGUAUAUAAAAAUACCUGCAAAAUGCUUUCUAACUGUACUAGUGAUUCACUUUUAGUCUGUAGAGCUUCAAGGUGCAGCUGUGGACUUCAUAUAUUUAAUCUGAUGUAUGAGCAAAGAAUGGUAAUAACUUGACAUUAGGUAGUUAGUAGGAAUAUGACAGAUUUGCUAAUCUCUGGAAACUCAUUGCAGUACUAGGAGUUGAAUUACAGCCUAAUCUUGUGUUUUUAAUGUGUUCUUUCACAAUUUGUUUAAAAACAAUUUGUAUUCAAUUCAUGCUAGUUCUUUGUUGAUAUGUGUUUGAUAUAUAUAUAUAUAUAUGUGUGUGAUGCUCAGCAGAUGUCAAAUGGUAACUGGAUUGUUUUUUUGUUGCCAUCUAAUUUGCUAUUCUUCUGCUAUGUAUAUUGUAUAUGCUUUGUAUGCCUGGUUCUGCUCCUUUUCCAUGCUUUUUUCCAUUUAAAAUCACGGUUGAGACCAAAGAGGAUAGUCGUUUAAGUAUUGUACAUACAUUGUUCUUUUUUUGGCAUUUGCUUAAAUAAAGUGUACAUUUUUGGAAAAAAAA